UUCCAGUCGCAAACUCGCGAUUUGAUCUCGACAUAGCCGAAUAAGAGACGUUUGGAUAUGUUCAAGCAGAGCUCGCAGCGUCUCUCGCAGCUCCAGGCCGCCGUGCCAUGGGCUGCGAGGAAAACCCCGGCCUUGGGGUGCAUGAUCAACGAACCGAGAUCGAGGAACUACUCCACUCCGGCCAAACCAGAUCGCAACAACGAACCGAGCAUACGGAGUCCACGCUCCCUCCAAGCCCUCCAUCUCAAGCCACUGAAACGCGAGGCUGAAUACGGCAUCCCGUCCUGCGACCUGCAGCUGCGGUCAUUCAGCUUGCAACCACUCCAAUUCUUCUCGGACUUUGCGCUGCGAGCGGCGUAUUAUCUUGGACUGCCGGCGUCCGGCCCAGUCACCCUUCCCCGAAUCACAGAGCGAUGGACCGUGCCGAGGAGUCACUUCAUCUUCAAGAAAUCCCAAGAGAACUUUGAGCGUGUGACGCUGAGGCGCUUGAUCCAGAUCAAGGAUGGCAAUCCAGAAACGGUGCAGCUCUGGCUCGCCUACUUGCGCAAGCACCAGUUCUAUGGUAUUGGUAUGAAGGCGAACAUGUGGGAGUUUGGCACCACAGAAGAGUCCAAGCCGCUAGAGGAAAUCGAGGCAUUGACUUCGGGGCAGGAUGCUCCGUGGUCUCAUCUUGGACAGACGAGAAGCAUCGGGGAUGCUGACAAGGUGGUGGACAUUCUGAACUCUCGCCGGGUCAAGAAAGCCGCAGACAACAACUUUCCGAUUCACGAGAUAUCAUAGAGAGAAUAUACCCAUUCAGAAGCAGUCCGAGCAGGUCCGAGUCAGUUGCUUGA